GUUAAAAUUGGUAUGGAUUGUGCUGCCUCAGAAUUCAAAGUCGACAAUGGUUACGAUCUUGACUUCAAGACCAAAAACAAUGACGGUUCACAAGUUAUCUCUGGUGAAAAAUUAGGCGACCUUUACAGAGAAUUCAUUAAAGAAUAUCCAAUUGUUUCAAUUGAAGAUCCAUUUGACCAAGAUGAUUGGGAAUCAUACUCUAAAUUAACCUCAUCAGUUCAAAUCCAAAUCGUUGGUGAUGAUUUACUUGUCACUAACCCAGAAAGAAUUAAAGAAGGUAUCCAAAAGAAAGCUUGUAAUGCUCUUUUAUUAAAAGUCAACCAAAUUGGUUCAGUUACUGAAUCAAUUCAAGCCGCCAUCGAUUCAAAGAAUGCUGGUUGGGGUGUUAUGGUCUCUCACAGAUCUGGUGAAACUGAAGAUACUUUUAUUGCUGAUUUAGUUGUUGGUUUAGGUACUGGUCAAAUUAAAACUGGUGCUCCAUGCAGAUCAGAAAGAUUAGCCAAAUACAAUCAAAUUGUUAGAAUUGAUGAAGAACUCGCUGAAAAUGGUAACAAUACUGAUGAACUUUAUGCUGGUGAAAAAUUCCGUCAUUUUUAAACAAAAAAAACAAAUAAAUCUUUUUUAAAAAUAUAAAACC